CCCACCUUCACAUUCAUCUCCAAAACACCCCCUCUAAAUGUAAGGUUGUUUCCUCAUCAAUCUCACCCCCAUUCCCACUUGUUUUUUUUUUUUUUUUUUGAGCUUUAUUUCAAUAAACUCUUUAUUAUAUAUCAAAUGUCUAUCUCUGAAAUCUCAGCUUCACCUCCAUUGCGAGAGUCCUCCUCAUCUCCUCUGAGAAUCCAAAAGGUUUCAAAGUCGGUCUCCGAUCGGCUUCUCGUGAAAUUCUCAGAUGUUUCAGAAUUGGGAUUUGAUUAUUCUCAGAGUGGACUGUGGUCUCCUCCAAUCAGAAGAAGUGUGUUCUUGAGCUCACCCGGUCUCAUUUUUACAGAACAUGAAAUGGUGGAGAAGCUAAGUGCUUUGGAGGCUCGCCGGAGACGAAAAUACAGAGGCAUUUUGGUGUUCUCCACGGAGAUGUUGAACCCAGGCUGGAAAUAUCCAAGUUUUAUUUUCCUGUUCUUCCCAUCUCCUCAAUUGUAAAUGUCUUUUAUUUUAAUUUAAAAAAAUAUAGAGAAAGAGAAUGCAUAAUCAUAUAUGCAUAUGGUCCAGUUGUAUCUCUUCUAGUUUUUUUGUUCUGUUUUAUUUUUUAAUUUCUCUAUGCUUGCAAGAUUUUGUGUAGAUUUCAAGCAACCCACGGAAAAUUUUGAGCUGCAAUUCUUCCAAAGAAUUAGAAAUAGAACUGCGUAUAUUUUGUC